CGUGCCCGCGCAACCGCGAACGCGCCCGAGAGGAAGAAAAACUCUCGCACACUGGCAAACGGGGUCACGAACUAUGACCUUUCACUGGAGUAAAACAAUAACAAAUAAUGUGCAAUAAACCCGAGAGCGAAAACCCCGCGGCCGUGCGUUUGACAGGUGGAGGUGUUGUUUUCAGAUGCAGAGCUCGUCCAAUCAGAUGCUUGUAAUGAAAUCACGUCACCAUGACAACCAAUGUGGAGCUGCUGGCUCAGCAGAUAUUGACCACUGAGCAGCUUUCAGAGGUUCAGUCGUCUCCGUCAGGCAGUUCAGUGAUGAGCAGCUCUCCUCAGCGCAUUCAGAUCAUCUCCACCGAGCCCUCGGUCACCAGCCCACAGAGAAUACAGAUCGUCACAGAGCAGCAGACGGGGCAGAAGAUCCAGAUAGUGACGGCUCUGGACUCCUCUGUGCCCAAGCAGCAGUUCCUCCUGGCCUCUUCUGAUGGCUCUCCAGCGGGUAAAGUCCUGCUGGCGUCACCGGAGAGCUCCAGCGCCAAACAGCUCAUCUUCGCCACUGCCGACAGCCUGGUGCCCGGCAGAAUACAGUUUGUGACAGAUGCCGUGUCCGUGGAGAGGCUUCUGGGUAAAGGAACGGACCUCAGCCGAGUUCAGCCGAUUGAAUACUGUGUGGUGUGUGGAGAUAAAGCCUCAGGGAGGCAUUAUGGAGCUGUGAGCUGUGAAGGCUGUAAGGGUUUCUUCAAGCGGAGUGUGCGCAAGAGUCUGACCUACAGCUGCAGGAGUAACCAGGACUGUGUGAUCAACAAACACCACCGCAACCGCUGCCAGUUCUGCAGGCUCCGCAAGUGCCUGGAGAUGGGCAUGAAGAUGGAGUCUGUACAAAGUGAGCGAAAACCUAUCGACCUUCCUCGAGAAAAACCUGCCAACUGUGCAGCGUCUACAGAGAAAAUCUACAUCAGGAAAGACCUGCGCAGUCCGCUUAUUGCAACACCCACCUUCAUCUCUGAGAAAGAUAGCUCACGGUCCAAGCUGUUGGAUUCUGGGAUGCUUGUCAAUAUCCAGCAACCCUUAAUACAGGCUGAUGGCACAUUACUGUUAGCAACAGAUAAGACGGAGUCGGGGCAGGGUGAUCUGGGGACACUCGCUAAUGUGGUCACAUCAUUAGCAAACCUGAACGAUUCGCUCAGUAAUGGAGAAAUGACAGACGGGCAGCUGGAGGGAUCGCCCAGUGAAAUCACACGUGCCUUUGACACUAUGGCUAAAGCGCUGAACCCCGGUGAGCUGACGGAGAGCCAGAGUCUGUCGGAGGUGGACGGAAUGGGCGGAGCUACAAUACAGGUGAUCAGCAGAGAUCAGAUCUCACCGCUCAUAGAGGUGGAGGGGCCGCUGCUCACCGACACACACGUCAGCUUUAAGCUGACAAUGCCGAGCCCGAUGCCGGAGUAUCUGAAUGUGCAUUAUAUCUGUGAGUCGGCUUCACGUCUCCUCUUCCUCUCCAUGCACUGGGCGAGAUCUAUCCCAGCAUUCCUUGCUCUCGGGCAGGAGUGUAACACCGCUCUGGUUCGGGCCUGCUGGAAUGAGCUGUUUAUUCUGGGUCUGGCUCAGUGCGCUCAGAUCAUGAGUCUGUCCACCAUCCUCACCGCCAUUGUCAAUCAUCUGCAGUCCAGCAUCCAGGACGUAGACAAGCUAUCAAGUGAGCGCAUUAAACUAGUGAUGGAGCACAUCUGGAAGCUGCAGGAGUUCUGCAACAGCAUGGCGAAGCUGCAGACGGAUGCAUAUGAAUACGCAUACCUAAAAGCCAUCAUCCUCUUCAGUCCGGAUCAUCCAGGUUUGAGUAGCUGCAGCCAGAUUGAAAAGUUCCAGGAGAAAGCGCAGAUGGAGCUCCAGGACUAUGUGCAGAAGACCUAUCCGGACGAAACCUACAGGUUGGCCCGAAUCCUGCUGCGUUUACCGGCGUUGCGUUUGAUGAGUUCCAGCAUUACUGAGGAGCUGUUCUUCACCGGCCUCAUCGGAAAUGUACCGAUCGACAGUAUCAUCCCAUAUAUCCUCAAAAUGGAGACUGCAGACUACAACAGCCAAAUCACAGCCCCCUCCGUGUGACCAUCGUUUCAUGCAAUUCCCAUCAUACUAUUCCCCCGAAUACAUCGCAUUAUACUGAACCGACCAACAAGCUCUACCUCAAGAGGAGCUGCGACAGCGAAAGCCUUUCUGAACCGUUACCCGAGCGAUAUUGUGUUGUAGUUUACAGAGAGAGAUGCAUUAUGGGACUUUGAGUUCCAGGACUUUGCCUCAAAUUAAACUAAGGCCUUUCUUAUUUUGUAAACUUUAAUUUAAAGAAAAAAAACACUUGAGCACUUCAUGAUGAUUCCAAUGGAAAAAAAUCCCAAUUUUUUUGUUGUUGUCGUCAAAUCGUCACAAUUCUCCCUCAUUAAUAUUCAUAAUUAUCAAAAGCAUGAACAUUUUCAUAAGGAGAUGUGACUUUUUUUGAUUGAAUGUAUCUGCUGACUUCAAGACUUCUCCUGAUCUCCAACAAAGGUAUGAGUUCUUUCAGAUUUGUUUGUUUUCCUCUCUCUCUCUCUACAGCCAUUGAAAUGAAUGGGAAUUUUGUGUUUGUCCCGCAGCUCUUUCUUUAUCCGUACUGUCACUCCUGUCGUCAUGACAAUCAGCUUCUGCUCAAUAUAUCCGGCUUUUCCUUUGCUGUAUUUAUUUCAGCUCCAAAGCGCAUAUAAAUGUAGACCUUCGCUUGAUUUCAAAAAUCACGUGUGCUAUUUCUAUUUGGGGUCACCAAACCUGUUCCUGGAGGGCCGGUGUCCUGCAGAUUUGAGCUCCAACCCUAAUCAAACACACCUGAACGAGCUAAUCAAGGUCUUACUAGGUGUACUUGAAACACCCAGGCAGGUGUGUUGAGGCAAGUUGGAGUUAAACCCUGCAGGGACACCGGCCGUCCAGGACCGAGAUUGGUGACCCCUGCUAUAGGAGAUCUUCAAUCGGUGUCUUUAAAGCAUCUUUAUCGCUGCUGCUGCAAUGGACGUAAAUUGUCAUUUUGAAGAUGUAAUAUAUCCACAACCAUGAUGGUUUGAUGCGUUUAGAUUACUAACAUGUUUUAUUUGCAGAUCUGCGCACACUUAAGUUACAUUUGUACAUUUUAAUUUGUCGUUUAAAAGAAAAGAAAAGUGGUUUUGUCCCUAAUGUAAUGUCUCUACAUGCACUUAUUUAAUGCUGUUUCUGAAACAGAAAUGCUGACCUGGGCUGUAUUUGUUUGGGUUUAAAAUCAGUAGACUCUUCCAGACUAUGUUAGCCUGAUGCUAUUGAUUAGCCACCUUGUUUAUUUAGGUUCAAGCUAACAUUAAAGCUCAAGGUAUAUUUCCAUUUUAACCAGUGCACUACCUGACAAAAGUCUUGUCGUCGAUCCCAGUUGUAAGAGAAAUCCCAGUUGUCAUCUCAACACGUAUCGAUUAAACACAUUAAAAAUAAGACGUUAAACAUUAUAUAACUCAAAACAUUAGUUUAAAACCUGAUUAACUUCAUAAAAUGAGUUAAAUUAACAUAAAAACGUUGGUUUUCAUUUUUAGUGUACAGAAGUCCUCGUGUAGGUGUACAAACUGAAGUAUACUUUGAGCUUCAAUAAAGCACACACACUCGCUGUAAAGCAUGGCAGGUCGGUGUAUACUGCAUAUUUACCCAUUAAUGCCAUUUAUUAAAUAUUUAAUGUGAUUUUAGUUAUUUUAAUCAAUUAUAACUGUGCAAACUGUCUAAAAUGAGCAUUUUUUUACUAACUAACUAAUUUAAAGGGACAGUUCACCCAGAACGUGAAGGCUCUGUAUAGUAUUUAUUGUAAUGGCUGCUUUUUUUUUGCUAACAUUUUUCAGAAUAUCUUGUCUUGUGCUCAUAGAAAGAAACUGUUGAACCACUUUGAGUUUGAGUAAAUAAUUCAUUCAUUCAUUCAUUUUCCUUCGGCUUAGUCCCUUAUUUAUCAGGGGUUGCCACAGCGGAAUGAACCGCCAACUCUUCCAGAAUAUCUUUCAUGCAGCGGAUACCCUUCUAGCCACAAACCAAUACUGGGAAACACACACACACACACACACUACGGUCAAUUUAGUUGAUCAAUUCCCCUAUAGCGCAUGUGUGGGGCUGUGGGGUAAACCGGAGCACCCGGAGGAAACCCACGCCAACACGGGGAGAACAUGCAAACUCCACACAGAAACACCAACUGACCCAGCCGGGACCUGAACCAGCAACUUUCUUGCUGUCAGGCCACAGUGCUAACCACUGAGCCACCAUGCUGCCCAUAAUAAUAAUAAAUAAUAAUAAUAAUGAGGAAGGUUUAAUUUUUGGGUGAACUGUCCCUUUAUAAGCUACAAAUCGACAUGAAACUGGUGGUUUUUGCAUUUGCACGCUUUGCUUUAUACAGCAUUAACUCAAAGCUUGUUUUUGAGUCUAAAUAAAUGUAUGAAAUUUCUUGUGAAUCAUCAAGUAAAACUUGUUUGACUUUUCCCAGUGUUACGCACAUCACUGUAUUACUGCUGAAUACAUGUCCGUCAUUAUAAUCAACAAUACAAACAGACGUCAAAAUUAGUUAGCUGAAUGUGGAAAUAAGAAAUGCUCAGACCAAGCCUUGCCCUUUAUAACAGAAAAUGUCUACACUGUUUCAGUAUUUUCACAAGUGUUUUCUGUUUAUUUGCAGUGGUGAAUUGCAUUAUGGGAUGUUGAUCUCUGCUCUGUCCACUAUUGAUGGUGAAAAUUCAACUCUACAGUUUAACAGUGACUUUUAUUGACAUUUCAGUCAUUUGAAAUAAUAAUAUCAUGUAUAACCUCCUAGGGCUUGCGUGGCCACGUACGUGGACGGCACAUUUUAGCUCUUAGUGGCUAUUUAAAACACUUUAAAUGUUUUAUAUUUUGUUACAGACAUACAGGGUCAUCCUGCAACUGUUUUGCAGCAUAUGAAAUGUCCCAAACACUGUUUUUAACUGUCCAAAAUGGUGGAAAAAAUAGUUUUUACUGUUUGAUAGUCAAAGCAAGUUCAAAAAAAUGUUAAAUAUGCAUUAAAAAAUUUCAGAAAAAUGUGUUUUAUGUAAAUUUGGACCACGAGUCCACAUAUAUGGACAGCAUUUUUCUCUUAAAGUACAUCAUAUCAAAAGAUGAUACUUAGAUUUUUAAUCUAAUUAGGUUCUAAUAAUCCCAAAUAGCAAAGAGAAAUAAAAAAUGCAUGUAAAAAAACACCUUGGGCCUUAAGAGGAUAGGAAAUGAUAUCUAGAGAAAUAAGUCUGUAAAAUAACAGUAAGUGUACUGGGAGUUUAUAACAAAGUAUUUGUAGUGUAAUAUACAACACCAACCCAGACAAUAAAGCACUGCAAACUAUUAGAAAUGAUCAUAAACGUCACUUUAUACAACUUUUCAUGGUUAAAAGUUCAAGAUCAAGGUCCCAUAAUGCAAUUCAAAAGCAGAAAUAAACAAAAUAUGAAUAACAAAAUAUGAAUAACUACCAACUUACAGAUAUUUUGUUAUUUUUUACAGUGUAUAAUGUUUAUAAUGUGUGUUUUCUCAUUGUUUUAGAGUCAUUUCUUCCUGGCCUCAUUGAUUAUGUCCCAAAAAGUUUUUGCUUUAGCACAAUAACCGCAUACAGCUAUUUUUUUAUAUGGUUUGAACACUUUCUUUGAUGCCCGAUGUGUCUGGAUCUGUCAAUGACUGGUUUAUAGGUGUUGUAAAUCUAUAUUGCUGUCUGUUUUCAUCUGUCUGUGAGACGAUAAGAUAAGCUGUGCAUGAAAAGCUCCUGAAUUUGAUUCUGAUGUGGAGUUUAAAUAUUGUGGCUUGAGAAUAUAUAUAUAUAUAUUUACAGUGCAUUCAGAAAGUACCCAUUCAUUUUUAUUUUUGACCGUUUUCUCUAUUUAAGGAUGCUUUCAUGUUUAAUCCAUGCUUCAUUACAAAGCUGAAACCAGAUUUGUGAUAACUUUUGCAAAUGUAUUAAAAUGCAGACACUGAAAUGUCA